UCUACCCGUCCACUCCGUGAAUAUAUCCUACGACGAUGAAAAAGAGAAAAUCAAGGCGUUCGUAAGUACGUUUGAAGGACAGAAAGAUGUGACGCGUGGAAUUGCAGAGAUGGACCUUGGAGACAGACGGGAUGGCGACUCUUUGAGAAGGCUGAAGUAUAAAAGCCAACUGCAAAAAAUUGCAAAUCGCGAGCAGCAGAUGCUAGUCAUUGAACUAGAAGACAUAUUCACUUAUGAAAAAACUGUGGCCGAGCUGGUGUUUCGCAUCUGCAACAACGCCAAGCGUUAUGUUGACCUCUUUUGCGAGGCUGUAGACGAGCUAAUGCCACGGCCUACUAAGGACAUUAGCGAUCAGGACGAGGUCAUAGAUGUUAUCUUGCACCAGAGAAGAGAGAGGAACGAUCAACUAGAAAAUACACAGCAGCCGGAGUUUCCUGUGCACUUGUUGCGAAGAUACAACCUUUAUUUCCAACCUCUGAAAUCCGACGUGUCCAUGGCGGUGCGCGAUGUCAGAGGUGUACACCUAGGCAAGCUUAUUACGGUCCGAGGCAUUGUCACUCGUGUUUCGGAAGUAAAGCCCUUACUUCAGAUUAAUGCCUAUACCUGCGACGUAUGCGGCGCCGAGACGUUCCAGGAGAUCAAGCAGAAGCAAUUCGCCCCUAUAGUUGAUUGUCAAAGUGAAGAGUGCAAAAAGAACAACAUUCGCGGGUCAUUGCACAUGCAGACACGUGCUUGCCGGUUUAGUCCUUUCCAAGAAGUAAAAAUCCAAGAAAUGGCGGACCAAGUUCCUGUCGGGCACAUCCCUCGUUCCAUGUCUAUCCAUGUCUACGGAAAUCAGACGCGCAUGAUGAACCCAGGCGACAUUGUUCACCUUGGAGGCAUAUUUCUGCCUAUUCCUUAUACUGGGUACCAGGCCAUUCGCGCAGGAUUACUCACUGAUACAUACCUUGAAGUACAUCACAUACACCAGUUAAAGAAGCAGUACAGCGACAUGCAAAUGACACCAGAGAUAGAACGGGCCAUCGAGGAACUGAAGCAGGAUCCUAAUCUGUAUCAUAAGCUGGCACUGAGCAUAGCACCCGAAAUCUAUGGCCACGAUGACGUGAAGAAGGCAUUGCUUCUGUUACUCGUAGGUGGUGUAACGAAGUCUAUGGGGGAUGGUUUGAGGAUUAGGGGAGAUAUUAAUAUGUGUCUUAUGGGUGACCCAGGAGUGGCUAAAUCCCAGCUACUCAAGUAUAUUGCUAAAGUCGCUCCACGAGGCGUGUACACUACUGGAAAAGGAUCUUCUGGCGUUGGUCUCACCGCAGCUGUCAUGCGUGAUCCUGUUACUGACGAGAUGGUGCUGGAGGGUGGUGCACUUGUACUCGCCGACAACGGGAUCUGCUGUAUUGAUGAGUUCGACAAGAUGGAUGAGUCGGAUCGAACUGCAAUUCACGAAGUCAUGGAACAACAAACUAUCUCUAUCUCGAAGGCGGGAAUAACAACAACGCUAAAUGCCAGGACAUCUGUCCUUGCAGCUGCAAACCCUCUCUACGGCCGAUACAACACCAAACUCUCACCCGUUGACAACAUCAAUCUCCCUGCGGCUCUUUUGUCCCGAUUCGACGUUAUGUUCUUGAUUCUCGAUAAGCCCACUCGUGAAGAUGAUGAACGUCUUGCUCACCAUGUCACACACGUUCACAUGUACAAUGAACACCCAGCUUUGGAAUACGAUCCAGUUGAACCUGUAUUGAUGAGACAUUAUAUCGCCAAGGCCCGUGAAAAGCGUCCGACCGUCCCUCCGCAGGUGUCUAGUUAUGUAGUUGAUGCCUACGUGCGCCUGCGCAAGCACUCGAAAGAAAAGGAAAAGGAGAACAAGGCACAUACAUACACCUCUGCGCGAACACUCUUGGGAGUUCUUCGUCUAUCGCAAGCACUCGCGCGUUUGCGCUUCUCCGAUUCCGUAGAUAUUCCCGACGUAGACGAGGCUUUACGUCUUAUGGAAGCUAGUAACGAGAGUCUGAAGGAGGAUGAGGAAGAUGGUGAACGUGGAGACCAAACUGCAAUGAGCAAGGUCUUCAGAAUUAUCAGGGAAAUGGCUAAGGCUGCAGAGGAAGGUGUUCGGCGCAGCAGCAGGCGUGGUCGUGGGCGCCUCGGAAAGGGUCCUUCAGGUGAAAGAGAUAUGGAUGUUGAUGACGAGGAGGAAGAGAGGGGUGAGCUCUCUUUGGUGGAUAUACGUAGCAGGGUUCUUGCUGCAGGCCACACUGAAUCGCAAUUAAUGGAAUGCGUCGAGCAGUACGAAGGCUAUAAUGUCUGGACAAGAGUCGCAAACAAUACUAAAUUGCGGCUCGUCAAUAUUUAACAAGUGCUUACGGAGGCAUCAGUUUUUCUUUUUCACUCUCUCGUGCACCAUCUGUCGACUUUGCUGUUCCUUG